AGGAGAGGUUGGGAGAAUUACUAUGUCAAAAAAGUUAUAUUUAUUUUCUUAAAUGUCUUUGAAUUAUGUAUUAAUUGAUAAAAGACUGUUAAAGACUACAUUAUAUUUCAUACUGCUAUUUCUUAUUUAAAAUAUAAGGGUUACAUUGAUCAGCCUAGUAAGAAUAUAAAUAACAACAAUGUCGAAUUUAUAUGAAAAGUUGCCUUGCAAAGAAGGAUCAAGACCAUACAAGUGUGUGGAGUUUGGAACUAAGGUGUCAUUAAAACUGAACAAUUUGAGAAAAGAUGGAAGAUUUUGUGAUAUUGAUUUAAUAUCUGGAUCAACAAAAGUGAAAGCGCAUCGUGUGGUAUUAGCUGCAAGUUGUGAAUACUUUGAUGCCAUGUUUAGUGUGGGCUUGGAAGAGAGCCAUAAAGGUCAUGUUAUAUUACCCAAUGUACCCCCUGGUAUUCUACCAAUGAUUGUUGACUUUAUAUACACAGGUGAAAUAAUUAUAGACAAAGCAACAGUCCAACAUCUUUUGGUAGUUGCCGAUAUGCUUCAGCUCAGAGAGCUGGUGACUGGAUGUGGUGAAUAUUUGAAAAGGGAAUUACAUCCAUCAAAUGCUUUGGGUAUAUAUAGGUUUGCAGAAUCACACAACUGUAUGAGCUUAGCAGAAGAAGCAUUAUCUCAUUGUCAGGUCCAUUGGAACUUAGUGACAAAAGGUGAAGAGUUCUUAGAACUACCUCUGCAACAACUUGUUACUUUACUAUCCUCAGAAGAACUGAAAGUUGAUAAUGAAUCACAGGUCUUAUAUCCAGCAUUAGAAUGGCUUGAACACGAUCCAGCAAGUCGCAGGCGUCAUUGUUUCGAAGUUUUGAGCAAUGUACGCCUACCGCUGAUCUUGCCACAAACUUUGGACGACGCCCUAAAAACUACACGAGACCCAUCUAUAGCUAUCGCCUUGAAAACAGUUCGACAUGAUAUGAAAACGGGGCGUGGUGCACUGGUGUCGUUGGCGGCGGAACCCCGAGCUCGGUCACGUCGCGUACUGCUGGUGGCUGGCGGCUCCUGCCAUGCCAACAGUGUCUUGCCCAGCUUCGUCUCAGACAAUAUACUCUCCACUGUACUCAAGUUUGAUCUCUAUAAGAGAGAGUGGGAGGAGCUUGCGCCAAUGGAUAUUGCGCGCAUCCAACCAGGAAUGGCGACGAUGGGGGGACGAGUGUACGCAGUCGGUGGCGAGCAGGGCAGUAAGAUACUGGCCAAUGGUGAAGUGUACGACCCCCAGAAUAACAAGUGGUCGGACAUAGCGCCAAUGAAGGAAGCGCGGUGCGAGUUUGGCCUGACGGGGUGGAACGGGCACUUGUACGCGUUCGGUGGCUGGGUGGGCUCCGACAUGGGCGGCUCCGUCGAGAUGUACGACCCCAUCAACGACGAGUGGUCCCUCAUCGGACGAAUGCCCGAGCAGAGGUUCGGCAUGGGCGUCGUCACUUUUGAAGGUCUUAUUUACGUGGUGGGCGGGUGCACGCACUCGUGGCGGCACACGCGCGACCUUCUGUGCUACGACCCGAGCAAUCGCACGUGGCGCACGCUGGCGCCCAUGCGGCACGCGCGCAGCCAGGCCGCCGCCGCCGUGCUCGACAACCACCUCUACGUGAUCGGCGGGAACGCGCCGCAGCGUACAGUCCUCGCCUCCGUCGAGAGGUACAACUUCGACGAUAACACGUGGGAGGAGGUGGCGAGCCUGCGUCAGGCGCGUGCGGGGUGCGCGGCGGGCGCGGCGGACGGAGUGCUGGUGGCGGCGGGCGGCGACAGCGAGAGCGACGACGGCGACCGCGCGUUCUACCGCGCGCGCACCACGCUCGCCUCAGUGGAGGUGUACGAGCCCGCGGAGAACGCGUGGCGCUCCGCCCCCUCACUCCCCCACGUGCGCGCUGAGGCCGGCGCCGCGCUGCUCUGACGAACACUGGCCUUUGCCUGGUUCCUGCAACCCUUUAAUACCAACACGCAUUGCGGUAUGUUCAAUUUAUAAAUCUCAACUUGAUGCCAACUGAAUUCUACUAAAUUUCACGUAACUAUAAAUAUGAAUUUUUUACCUCCUCCUCCUCCGCUCACCUUCCGUGUACUUAAUAAUAACAAUUGACUUUCAAAAACCAUACAAAGUAAUUAUAAAAGUUUUAGUCUGUAUUCAAUUUAAAUUAAUUCUAUAUACAAUAUUUUCUUUAAAAAUGGUUAGUGUUAAUGUUUCCAAUAUACACAUUUAUAGAAUGAAUAAAGGCAAAAGCAUUGCGGGCCAAACGUCUUUUAAGAAUGAUCUUAAAUAUUUUGUAAAUAAAUGAUAUACGUGUUUGUAAAAGCUGUCGCAAUUAUAUUGUGCGACAGUUGUAUAUUAAAAUUUAAUAUAUAACAAUAGAUUAUGAUAUAUGUUAACUUAGAAUCGUUUAUAAUCAAGAUGAAUGUAUGUUGGAAACAAGACUCAUUAGCUUGUAUGUUUAUUAAGAUAAGUAAAAGUUACAACAAAAGUACUACUAAUCGCAUUUAAGUAUUGGGAUAUAUUAAUAGUACAACGCGUGCACAAUAACAUGAAACUUCCUUAGAGCGGCCGCUGAGUUACUCUUUUAUGGGAAAUACACAAUUUUACAUUAAAAUAGAAGUAACACGCCACUAUGAUGUCAUAGGAUUUAUCAUGUUAUGGUGCACAAGUUGCAUGUUCAUGUAGGGAUAGUUAUGUCUGCCAAAUUUUUACUGCGAAGAAGUCCAGUUUUAUAUUCAAAAGUGGUGAUAUGUGUACAAAAUAAAUGUAAUGGUUACGAGAAACAUGUAAGUGUUCCAUGUAUGGAAGUAAACUCGUCCGGGGAGAUCCUGGCAGUGGAAGUGUUAAUGACACAAUGAUGCAGCUUAUUCAAUUAAUAAGUAACCUAAUUAUAAUGCAUUUAACAAGUAAUUAAAUAAUUUUCUCACACCAAAAGCUGUCCAUUGGUAACUAAAUGACCGAAAUUUUUACAUUUUUAUACAUUGUCAUACUGCAAAAUUACUCGUUCGUUCGUAAAUAAGUGACUUAUAAUUGUUAAUGGCUUUGAAUGUAUGAAAGAAGCUUACAGUGAUUUACCACUGCCCAAACUCGAGCAAAAACAUGUUAUCCCUCUCAUUGCCCUUGAAAAAAAUGAGAUAACAAUAUGCUUGUUUCCCGUUGGACCGAAUGGUAUACCAAUCAAUCGGCCCAAUGGGACUUUUUCCCAUUAGGGCAAUCGAAUCCAUACAAUGAAGACACACGUCACGGUUAGAUUUAGUGUACAUAGCACUUGCAUAAACAGAGGUAGACAUUGAGCGACCUCUGGUGGGAUGAGUCGUCAUGUUUGCUAUACAAACGUCAUUUUACCUUUAUAAUUUUGUAUAUUUGUAAAUAUUGAAAAUAUAUCAAUUUCAUAAUAGAUAGUUUUAUAAAUACAACAACUUUUGUUAGCGGUAUAGUAAAGCCGCGGGUACAAUUUAAUUUAGUGGCGAGUAAAAUUAUACGUUAGUGAGCACAUUUCUACUAUCAAGUUUGUUCCAUUAACCUAUGUUAUAGAAUUUAUUACAAAUUAAUUUACUUUGAAAUUCUUACUUCUCUAAUUUCAAUGGAAAAUUGUAAUAGGAACGAUUAUUCGUUAUACGCUAAAUUCUUUUAUCAAUUGGGCCAAUUGGCCAAAUCGUAUUAUAAAAACUUGCAAUUUUUUAAAUAUUUAUUACAAUUAUCAAUCAAAUCACGUGAUGCAAACAUUGGUUAAAAUAGGUUUGAUGUUUAUAUGAAAAAGUAUGGUUUUGUUUGUGAUAAUGUACAAAGAAAAGU